AGUUAACUUACUUAGUAUUUCCUCACCCUAGUCUUUCCUUUAAUUUUUAACUUAUUCGUUCGUUAUGUUAUUUAAAUCCGUUAUUCCUUUUAUUGUUUUAGCUUCUUCUGUUUUGGCUGAUGAUGAUACUACUUCAACUUCAACCAUCACUAUCACUAAAACUUUAUUGACUCCUCAAGAAUCUUCUUCCUUAAGUCAAGCUUCUGUUUCCGAAGCUAGUGCCAGUGCUGCCUCCGUCAGUGCUGCUUCUGUGUCUUCCGUCAGUGCUGCUUCUGCCAGUGAAGCUUCUGUUGAAGCUGCUUCUGCCAGUGAGGCUUCUGCUGAAGCUGCUUCUGCUUCUUACCAAGCCAAACUUGCUCAUCAAGCUUCUGUUUCUGAAGCCUCUGCAGCCUCUGUUUCUGAAGCUUCUGUUGCUUCCGCUAGUGUUGCUUCCGCUAGUGCUGCUUCAGCCAGUGCAGCCUCCGUUAGUGCAGCCUCUGUUUCUUCGGUUAGUGCCGCUUCUGUUGCCAGUGCUGCUGCUGCCGCUUCUUCUGCUUCUGAAGCGAGUGCCACUGCUUCUCCAACUUUAACUGGUUUCAAAGGUUUGUUAGCUGUUGCUUCUGCUAACUCUUCAAGCUCUUCAGUUGCUCCUUCAACUAAAGCUUCUUAUAAUACCUCAACCUUAUACUCUAACUCAACUUCUCCUAAGACUAGUUCUGCCAAGCUCACUUCUAAAGCUACUUAUACUCCAACUACCAUUUCUUCCAGUGCCAACACUGAAGCUGAUUCUGCUCCUAAAACCGCUGCUAAGAAAGUUUCUUCUUCUUCUGAAGCUGGUGCUGCUAAGAACGGUAUUGCUUUAGGUUUAGUUGGUGCCGCUGUUUUUGCUUUAAUCUAAUCUCUUUAAAGUCCAAGAGUCGUUUCCUUAUAAUACCCUUUUUUUAUUACCUCUUUUGUUUUUACUCUCUUAAUUUUUUUACAGUUUUUCCUCUUUUAUUAAGACAUUUUGGAGUUCUUUUAUAUAUUAAAGAAAUAGAAUGAUUAAUAAAAGGAAGAAAUUGUUUUUUUUUUUUGUCAAAAGUACCUAACUUUGUUUUUUUGUUU